AUGUCGAAAGAAACAGCGUCUAUGAGAGAAAUACAACACAACCGACAACUCAUUGUGCAAGCUCUAAAUAAGAACACAACAAACUUUUCAAACUAUUCUAAGAUAUCUGAGUCAUUGAAAGAAGGAAACUUAAAACUGACAUUAAACCCUUUAACAGACGAGUUUCUGUUUCAAGACAGUAAGAACCAUACUGUCUGUGUAAAUCCAACAAAAGGAACUUUAAACGAGAAACCUAUAAAAGAACUUCUUUUGAAAGCAGAUGUUGACAACAAAGCUGACAAAGAGUAUGUAGAUGCAACAAGAGACUAUAUUCUCGCAUGGACAGAUAGAACAUACCCACAAAAACAUCAUACACAUAACAUCUAUGACGUAGAUGAACUACCAGCAAUGUUAGAUGACAAAGCGGAUAAAACAUAUGUUGACAAUAAAAUGUCAAGUGAAGUGACAAGAGCUGACAAAGAAUAUUCUAAAAAGACUCAUACACAUACCAUAUCUGAUAUUACAAACUUACAAGAAACCUUAAACAAGAAAAGUGACGUUGGACAUACACACGAUUUCUUCGCAACUGUUGGUAUAGAAAAUAUUGAAGGAACGGUUGAAGAAACUGGUGGGGAUGUAUUAAAUUGGAAACCUCCUAACUUUCCACAAGGUUUAACAUCGGAAGAAGACAUAACAACGAUGAGAUACAUUAGAUGUAGAAAUGUCUAUGUCAUGGAGGAUGAAAACAAAGUUAAAUUCACUGCUCAAGAUUUAUAUGACAACAAAGCUGACAAAACAUAUGUUAACGAUGAGUUAGAUAAAAAAGCUGACAAAACAUAUGUUAACGAUGAGUUAGAUAAGAAAGCUGACAAAACAGAGCUUCAAACGUUAAAGACAGAAAUACUUCAAACAGUAUAUCCUAUAGGUUCUAUUUACACGUCAAUGAACUCUACCAGACCAGAAGUAGUACUUGGUUUUGGAACUUGGACUCAAAUAGUCGACAGGUUUUUGUAUUGUGCAAACUCUUCAAAGGAAACAGGCGGAA